AUGGCGCCGCGCGCGCUCCUUAUACUGACAUGCUUCAGCGAUGACGCUGUUAAUGUUCCUGUCCCGCCAAGAACUCGCAUGGAAAGGGCGCAGGCGCUGGAGCCAAAGGCCCCGGAGCAGCAGGCGACGCCGCGGCGAGAAGGUGCACGUGCACCGAUUUUGCAGAGUGACAGGAGCCCUAGCGAUGAUGGCGCACCGGAGGCCAUGGCCGUGGCCGUCGACGGCCGACAUAAGAGGAAAGGCCUCAGGGUCCGCUUCGACCUCCCUCCGCAGGAGAUCAUCAGCGCCGCGCCGCCGGUGCAGCCGCGGUUCCCAACUGGAGUGCUGGGCGAGCCGCCGGAGAGCUUUGCUCACUCGGGCGCGGACAUGACCGCCGCGUUCCUGAUGUCCGUCAUCGCCGAGAAGAGCAGGGGAAUGGACAGCGCCACGCAUGUCGACCGUGGUCUUGUCGCCUGCUGGACGGAGAGGAAGGCGGCCUGCUCGCGCCGCCUGAGCUACCUCAGGGACUACUGUCCCUUUCAAAGAGAGGAAGAGGAGGCGGAGGACGAGGAGAGCGAGCCGGAGACGACGACGACGCGACCGGAGGCAGAGCCCGGUCAUGCGGAGGUUUGGUUGGUGAAGGCCGGGCUGCCGUUCGACAGUCCGGAGUCUGAGGCCGAGUUCGUGAAGGCGAUUCGUUCGAGGUACCUGCGCAAGGACGACUUCUUAUUGCGCCAUGGGCAUGCAUACGAAAGAAGUCGUGAGCAGCAGAGCCUGAUGGCCGCCAGUGAAGCGAAGGUAAUAUUCCAUGAACUGAAGGUUUAG